AUGAAAUUAGGUCACUAUGGCCCUAUUAUUCACAACACUGUUUUCGGUUGGGUGGUAUCAGGUGUAGUCGAUAUUGAAUCAGCAGGUUUACCCACAGUAGUCGUUCAUACCAGUUCCGUGGAAUUAGACCAAUCAUUUGAUCUUCGAGAUCAGUUAUCCAAAUUCUGGGAUCUGGAAGAGUGUCAUGUCAAAACAGCCCUUUCAGCUGAAGAAGCAGCAUGCGAAAAAUGGUUCAAAACCACGACAUUCCGCGAUUACACUGGAAGAUUUAUUGUAACUUUGCCGAAAAGGCAAGAAUUAAUUCACAAGCUCGGUGAUUCAAGAGCAACCGCCAUCAAGCGAUUCCUUGGGAUGGAGAAGCGUCUCCAAGCAAACGCCGAAUUGCAAACCAUGUAUGGCGAUUUCAUCGAUGAAUAUCAGCAGAUGGGUCACAUGGUAGAAGUAGAGGAGGAUACUGGUGAAUAUGUAUACUAUUUACCACAUCAUGCCGUAAUCAAGCCUGAUAGUUCAACAACGAAGCUAAGGGUUGUUUUUGACGCCUCAUGUUCGACUUCCACCGGUGUGUCGUUGAACGAUAUUUUAAUGGUCGGACCUGUGGUACAGAACAGCUUACUUACCAUAAUUAUGCGCUUCCGCCUACAUAGAUACGCUGUGGUUGCCGAUAUUGCAAAAAUGUAUCGCAUGGUCAAUGUCAACCCUAAAGAUCAUAAUCUACAACGGAUUCUCUGGAGAAAAUCACCCACGCUCCCAAUCGGUUCGUUGCGCCAUUGCGGUGUUUUGAAGCGGAAAUCACCCUCGCAUCCUAUUCGAACCUAUCGACUAACAACCGUGACUUACGGAACUGCUAGCGCUCCAUACUUGGCUACCAAAUGCUUGCAAACACUGGCAGAAUCCGGAAAGAUUUCUCAUCCGGUUGCUUCGAACGUCGUUGGAAACGACUUGUACGUUGAUGAUUUACUGUCAGGCGGUGAUUCCGUUGAAGAAGCACAGGAACUGGUGGCAGAAACCUGUGAUUUGUUGAAUACCGCUGGUUUUACUUUACGAAAAUGGAAAAGCAAUCAUGACGCAGUGUUGGACGGUGUUCCUGCAGAGCUUUGCGACGAUAGAAUGGCGAAAGAGCUGGAUUCAUCGAGUGCGACGGUUAAAACACUAGGUCUCGUAUGGGAGCCAGUAACGGAUGAUUUCCGCUUCAAAACACCGCAAUGGCGCAACGAACCGUCUAUUACCAAACGAAUGGUGCUAGCAGACACUGCUCGAAUUUUUGACCCGCUUGGUUUAAUCUCACCCGUAGUGGUAUUAGCAAAAAUCUUUCUUCAGGAGUUGUGGAAAGAACAAACUGCCUGGGAUGCAACCUUAUCUGAACCGAAGCAAAAGUAUUGGUUAGAGUUUAGGAAAAACAUGACCAGUCUUGAAGACAUCAGAGUCCCAAGAUGGAUUGGGUAUGGUAGACAGGCAGUAAUGGAGCUUCAUGGUUUCUGUGACGCCUCUGAGAAGGCGUACGGGGCCUGUAUCUACGUGCGUACUAUUUGGAAAGAUACGACCGUCACUGUACGUCUGUUAACGUCUAAAUCAAAGGUGGCUCCAUUGAACGACCUGAAGCGUAAGCAGAGAAAACAGUCCAUUCCUAGACUAGAAUUAUCCUCAGCGUUAUUACUAUGUCAUCUUUAUGAGAAAGUAAAGAGUAGUCUGCCACUCGCCGUAGAAUGUCAGUUCUGGACUGACUCAAUGAUAGUCUUAUAUUGGAUAAAAUCUUCUCCGUCUCGAUGGCAGCCGUUUGUAUCAAACAGAGUGGCUGAGAUUCAGCAGGUAACCACAGACAGCAAAUGGGAACACAUUGCUGGGGUAGAAAAUCCCGCAGACGUAAUCAGUCGCGGCAUGGUUCCAGCUCAACUAAAAAAUUUCUGUCUAUGGUGGAGUGGUCCACUAUGGUUGAAACAAAAUCGCUCAACAUGGCCGCAAGCUGACGUCACAUCAUCUGAAGAUCUUACCUCAGCGCUCCAGGAGCAGAAGGCGACAGUAUCCCUUCCAUUGCAGGUGACUCCAUCUAACGACCUAUUUUCGUUGCGCUCAUCAUUGUUAUCCCUCGUUCGAUUGAUUGCACUUCUGUACCGAUUCGUGCAUAACGCAAAUCCCGUUAACCGAAAUAAUAAAUUUCAUGGGUUCAUCACGUACAAAGAACAUGAAUCGGCAUUACUGAAAUUAGUGCGACUGUCGCAGACUGAAUGUUUUCCCACGGAAAUGAGCGAACUUGCAAAUAGUGACCAGGUUAAAGAGUCAUCGAGAAUCAAUGCACUGAAUCCAAUUUUAAUAGAUGGAAUAAUACACGUUGGUGGCCGACUACAUAAUGCGACAGUUUCAGCAGGAAGAAAGCAUCCCCUCAUUUUAGAUCAUCGUCAUCCGUUAACAAAGCUUAUUAUGCGCCAUUAUCAUCAUAAGUUCUUUCACGCUGGACAACAGCUUCUGAUAUCGUGCGUUAGAGAACGCUUUUGGCCAUUGAAUGCCCGUCGCAUUGCACGUCAGAUAAUACACGAAUGUGUGCCAUGCUUCAGAUGCAAACCCAAGGUGGAAGAUCAGUUGAUGGCUGAUUUACCACAGGAGACGGUGAAUCCAGCGCCAGCCUUUCUGAAGGUAGGCGUCGAUUAUUGUGGACCCUUCCUCAUGUCCUACCCAGGUCGAAAGAUUAAGCCUUCGAAAUGCUUUGUUGCCAUGUUCGUAUGUCUUGUUACCAAGGCUGUCCAUAUGGAAGUUGUUUCAGACCUUACCACACAAGCCUUCCUCGCUGCACUAAAGCGAUUCAUUGCGCGUAGAGGCAAACCACAGAUAAUAAUGUCGGAUAAUGCCAAAAAUUUUGUUGGAGCGAAAAGAGAAAUUGAUGAGUUGGCAAAAAUGUUCAAGAACCAACAAUUUCAAGAGACGAUGACGAGACACCUGAUCAACGAUAGAAUUGAAUUUAAAUUUAUACCAGCGAGAUCACCCAACUUCGGUGGCCUUUGGGAGGCAGCCGUUAAAUCGUUUAAAGGCCAUUUCAAAAGGACGAUUGGCACGCGUACUCUCCAUCACGAUGAAUUCGCCACCACCAUUGCUCAAAUUGAGGCGUGUUUGAACUCACGGCCAUUAACACCGCUUAGCAGCGAUCCCAAUGACUUGGAAGUACUUACCCCAGGUCAUUUCAUUGUACAACGACCCCUUAUGUCUAUAGCGGAGCCGUGUCUAGAAGGAAUAGUAGAAAAUAGACUAUCCAUGUGGCAAAGAUCGCAACAUUUCGUGCAGCAAGUGUGGAAAAAGUGGUCGUCAGAAUAUUUAUCGACUCUGCAUAGUCGAUCGAAAUGGACCCGACGUCGCAACAACCUGGCCAUCGGAACGAUGGUGCUUUUGAAGGAGGAAAAUUUACCUCCUCUCAAAUGGCAGCUAGGUCGUGUAACAAAAAUUUACACCGGAAGCGAUGGAAAUGUACGGGUCGCCGUUGUACGAACGAAGGACGGAUCAUACGAAAGAGGAAUUUCCAAAAUUUGCGUCCUACCCAUCGAAGAAAACCAACCAUCUCCACAAAAAGAGAUCUAG